CUCGGCCCGGCCUACUCGGGCCGACACCUCUCGUCCCCCGUCCUCGUGGCCAAGUUAGCUCUCGCCGCAUCCAUCGAGCACGGCAGGCCCGCUUUCGUCUCUAACGCCGUCGAGGCGUCGCUCUCGGGCCCAAGCUGAUCAGUGCCCAGGGGCCUUGCCUCUCGAACCACUAACGGCUCCGUACGAACGCAACGGUCGGCGCGAAGCAAGAGAUGCAUAGUGUAUAUGGAACGCAGGGAAGACAUGCGCCGUAAACAUGGCUUGGACGUCUGCACGCGUGUCGCCAUGCCGUGCGAUUGCUCGGCAGACGCCUGGCUGCGCCGGUCUGGCGCAGACGGGCACGUCAGCGCGCCAGCUCGUCCGACAGCGCGUCUGAGCGCCGCAUCGCUCGGCUCGCACUGCCCGGCAGGGCAAGCAGAACACGCGAUUGGGCCUCAGCUGGCAAUAGGAGGCCGUACGUUUUCGCGCCGCCUUCCGCAUCACCUCACAUGUCAAUCACGAUACCAAUUUGGCAUGGGUAUCGCGAUCGCAGUGUGGCGCGGCCCGCCUGGCCCCCCCCCCUGGACGCUGUGCUCUGCUAUAGCGCGCAGCACGACAUUCGCGUCUCAACUGAGGGCGGUGAUCUGGGCGGCCAAAAAACAAGUGUUGCAGCAAAAGAUAUCACCGCUGCCGAUAUUUUUAAGCUCCGAUAUCUCUUUUGUUGUUUGUCUUGAGGAAUCUGUUUGAUUGUCUUGAAGAAUCCACGUCUGUUAGUAAUUGUCUUGAAGAAUCCACGACUGUUUUUGCUUGUUUGUCUUUUGGAGUCG